GAUGAGAAAACAUGUUGAAGUUACUACUUAAAGUGAGUACAAUUUUUCGCUCAUGUUGUUCCAUUUGUCCCCUGCUUGACCUUGAUAGAAUAGACGAACUUUCCCCUUGUGGUCAUCAUUGUUUUGUCACUAUAAGCUAUACCAAUAACGUCUUUGUUGCAUAUACUUUUUUUAUUCAUCAUAACCUGAAAAAUCGUUGCUUGCAAAUGGAAACCUCACUGCCUCUAGCCACUGAUAGCUUCUCUUAUGGUUGGUUAUCAAACUGCAAACCCUUUGCAAAUGACCUUCAGGAACUUCUGAGGGAAUCAUCAUCUACGUGCAAUUCCCCAUUAAUGGAAGAAUGGCAAAGCUUCAAUUUUGAUAUUUCCUUCACUCACUCUCCUGCUGUUCUUGCUCAUGCUGAUGAACUUUUCUCUAACGGCCUUAUCAAACCACUCUCUGUUGGCCCUUCCGAGUUAGACUCCUGCAAAACCACCCAAGAUUCCACACUCCAAUCCCAGCCUGUUUCUUCCUUUUCUUCUAGAAUUGUUUCUCCAAGAACUCUGCAAAUUCAUCAUGGUUUUCUCACAAGGUGGAAAACCUCCACAUGUAGAACCUUGAGAAACCUUUCUAGGUAUGUCAACCAACUAUGCCAGAGAGUUGCAAGCUCAAGGAAAAAUACUAAAGUUGAUGAUUUUGACAAGGAAGACUGGCUUGUUAAUAGCUGGAGCAGUUCACACCAAGCAUCUCCAAAAUCAAGCUCUAUCAGUCCAAUUGGUGCUUUGCAUGAUCAUGAGAACUCAAUCUAUGAAGCAGUUCUCCACUGCAAAAGAUCAAUAGAAAGAUAAUCCAUUCUCAAAUAAAGAGAAGAUAAUUGUAGAGCUUCCAUGGGUGGUAGCUGAUAAAGCAUGUCUUCUUUUUGCAUCAUUUCUCUCAUGUUGGAUUGGAUCCUACUGCUUCAUGGUUUUGUACAGAUAUGAUAGCACAAACUGUGUUGUACUCAUAUAUUUAAUAGAGAUAACAGUGUUCUUCUUCCCUCUUCUUCAUUGCUCUCUUUAACUGCAAUAAAACUUG